UAUGAUUUUGAUCCCAAAACGGUUCCUCCUCUUAUUUGUCUUCCUGGAAUAGCAGACACCGCGGAUGUCUACUACAAACAGAUUAUGGCACUGUCUAUAAAGGUAAUUUUCCAGCUCUCUUGCUAUAUUAUUUCAACUGUCCAUAGAGUUGGUAUUUUAAUGGUUCAAGUGUAUCUCGGAAGAAUGUUUAGCAGCAAGCCGAUAGCCCGAUAUAUCACAUUGGAAUAUUGGAGAUGAUAUCAUAUUAGGCUCUAUAAUGCUCCAUCUACGUGCUUAAAAAUCAACGAAGGUGUGAUGCUCCAGCCUUGGUAAUUCUCGGGUUAUUUUUUGGAUGUAUGAUUCUUUUCUGCGUGAACUUUUACAUAUGCUUUAGGGAGGACUUCAUAUGCCUUAAGGAUGCAUGUUAAUUUAAAAGUUUUUUCAAUGUGUAUCUAAUGAUCAAUUAUUUAUUUUCAAUAUUAUGAUGGCAUUUGGAUUGUAUUUCACAACGUGUUUAAAAUAUGUAGGGAUAGCGGGUGAUCUCUGUCGAUAUUCCACGUGUUUGGAAUCAUAUGGAAUGGAUUCAGGAGUUUGACAAGUUUUUAGAUGUCAUCAAUGUUCAUCAUAUGCAUCUCUAUGGUACAUCUCUUGGAGGCUUCUUGGCUCAAAUAUUUGCUCGGCAUCGUCCAAGGAGGUGUUAGUUUUUCACCUUCAUUUUUGCUCAAACGAUAUAUCUUGACCGGGAUUCAAGAUGGUCCCCACGAACCUUUUAUUGCAGACUCAGUAGACUUCGUUAUUGCUCAGGUCGAAACACUUUCGAAGGAUGAUCUAGCGUGAAGGCUGACAUCGAAUGUUGAUGCCACAUCAGUUGGAUCUCUUCUCCUUUCAGAUCAAUUCAUCACUAUCAUGGAUGUGAGUUUCACCUGAUCCUGUUUCAGCUACUCACCAACUUUUCUUGUAUAACAAGGCAGUGCUAGUUUUUUCUUCCUAACUGCUGUAUUUUGGUUAUCCUGAUGCCCUCCUGAAAAGACGAAUGAUUACUGUGCAACACCUCAGCAACUUAGAGAUCAGUUGAGCGAGAGGUACCCCGAGGCAAGACGAGCUCACUUGAAGAGUGGUGGUGAUUUCCCAUUUCUUUCACGUCCAGACGAAGUCAACUUGCACCUCCAGUUUAAUAAUCUACCGUAACUAACUAGCUCAAGGGGACAAGUAAGCAGCGGAGGCAUUUGUUAAUGAGCUCCUCAACAAGGCUGUUUUGACCGUACGGAGAUAUGGUGCAGCGGAGGCAUUUGUUCAUCACUUGGUUGCCUCUUACGUGGGAUAUGUGUACAUUUGUUUGAACUAUGGUUCGGAUUUCAGGCAAAUGUUAAUGGAGCGACAACGGGUGUGCAUGCUGCUCCGUUGAAUUUUUCAUAGGGGUGGGCACGUGGGUGGUUAAUCCGCGGAUUGAUAUCGAUCCACCCGCAAAUAAUCCGACCCGUAUGCAGUGGGUGAUUGAUGUGGGUGGAUUGCGGAUGGGUAAAUCUCUCACCCGCACUUAUGUGGGUGGGUGGUGGGUGGAUUGCGGGUCACCCAUGUGACCCGCAUCCUAUUUUUACAUGAAAAUGUUGUUUCUUAUAGUUUCGAAUAUUCAUCAUAUUUUCGAACUGCACUACAGUCUAACCAUAUACUUCAAAAGUUGGAGAAUAAAUAAUAGUUUUGACU